GAUUGGACCAGCAGAAACACUCAUUGCCUUGGCAGGUGAAGAGGCUGUGUUUCCCUGACACAUCAGCCCAUCGAUGAAUGCUGAGGACAUGGAGGUGACAUGGCACCAUAACGGUCUGGAAGGUGUGGUUUACUAUCAUGGAAAUAUCCAAAACAAUGUGAAACAGCAGACACAAGAGUACCAAGGGAGGACAGAAUUCCUCAAGGAGAAUAUCACCAAAGGGCAGGUGGCCCUAAGGAUCCAUCCCAUCCUCCCAUCAGAUGAAGGAGAGUACAGCUGUUUCUUUAUAAGCUCUACGCAGAGCAGCAGUGCAAAAUUCCUAGUGUUGGUCACAGGCUUCCUGGGGCCUUCGGUUGUUCUCCUUGGUGCAGAUCCCCUUGGACCCUGUGCCCAUCCCAGUGCAGUGAGGUGCCUGAUGCUGUGCUGUGUUAAAUCCCACUGUGUCAGGCUCAGGGCAAAAGCUACCUGCUCAGACACAGUCCUUCAUUAUGUCUACCUGGUGACUUUGGGUUUUUCUGAGUUUUCGUACAUUAUGUGGUUUCAAGAAUACAUUUCUUUAAUCCACUCCUCCCUUCUGGAGAUGUUAAGAUUGGCCGUGGUUCAGGAAUCAGUUACCACUAGAGAUUCAGACUCUGCCCCGGAGUCCUAACUACCAUCCAGAGAGAAAAGUUCUGUUCUUCUCUAUCUUGAGUACAAAC